GGAGGAGAGAAGGGGAAAAAAUCACCAGGGCCCUUAGUGGAGAGCCUGUGGUGCAACCAGGAGGUCACAGGUUCGAGCCCCGCCGGCCACCGUCCACCAGCCGCGAUCUCACACACACACACACGCGCGCGGAUCUGAGGUAAAUAAAUCCUCCCGGUACACUUACAGUAGGCCUGUUAUGUUAUCUGGUUUUAUUAAAAGUCACUCCUCAUCUCCACAACGCGUGAAAAUGUCUACUUUCCACUCAGAUGCACCGCAUUAACUUGCAGUUUGUUUGUUUGUCUAUUUUUAUUUAUAUGUGGAGAAGAUUGAUGUGAGCGUGUUAGUGGAGUCUGCAGCUCACUGCAGCUUUGGUCCUUUAAUUACAGCCUUAUCAUCUCAGCAAAACCACACGAACACACACACACACACACACACACACACACACACACGCAAUCUAUUGGCACUGCUGAGUGAAAAGAUGCCUUUGAAUUAGUGCAACGAAAUAUAUUGAAUCUAAUCGGAAUAACAACAUCCAGGGAGAAUAAAUUACCACCAAACAAACAAAUUAGCUCAUAGAAAUAAUGAAUAAACCAAUAAUAGUAGCAAUAGGUUGUGGUUUAAAAGUCUGCAGUGCACAGAAUUAAAUGUUUAAUAUCCACGUUUUCUAAAUAAAGCGUGAAAUCUUGCAAGAUUCAAUCUGUACAAACAAAACCAGCUAAACGAAUUGUGUUACAGGCAGCCAAUGUUGUUUAACAACAACAACAAAAAAAAAACACUUUCCACCAUAAAAAAACAGUUGCCCCCUUUUCAGGCUUGCAAAUAAUAAACAAAUUGUUUAAAAUAUAUAUGAAAUAAAUUACUUUUUGUUGGUGGUGUUUCAGGCCCUUUUCCACAGCACAAACGGCAUCAAAUCAUCGCCUUCUCUGUCGUUUGGCUUAAAUAUGAGCUGCUGCUACGAGAGGAGUCAUUCACUUCUGUUUGUACAGCUAUAAAAGCAGCCAGCUAUUGAAAAGUCGUAAAAUGAAGCGCGCAAUCCAUCAUCCGCAAUGUGAUGAUUUUGAAUUAUCCUCACAGGCUUCCGGCGCGCCGACAAACGCCGCGAAGAAGAAGAAGCUGCCGCAAGGAAACCACUGGAUUUUACGCGCAAUUUAUUAACGAGAAUAGCAGAGACGGUGCACAAGCAUAAUUAUUCACUGCUGUUUCUAUAACUCAUUAAUAUAUUACAAAAUAAUUAAAAGAAACAGCGCUUAGUUCCAGUCUUAAACCUCUUUUUAAAAAAUCUACCUCAAGUCCAGCCUCUAAAGACAAAUGAAAGCCUUGACACAGAAGGGAUGAGAAUCAUCUCCCGUCUUCUUCUUUUCCUCCGGUGAAGAAAGACGCAGACAUGAGCGCAGAGACCAAGUGUCCUCCACAUGCCCGAUGCGUCCGGAGAAGACACACUCCCUCCACCCGUCCAUCCCUCCAUCCCUCCAUCCCUCCAUCCCUGCCUCCCGGUCUGUCGGUCGGUCGGUCGUGCCAGCAGAUUGCAGACAAAUAAAGGCUGAGCGGAGGCAAAAGAAGGCAAAACGAGCCCGGGGCUUCACGCUCGGACGCCUCCUUUGUGCCACCUUUUUUUCAGCACAUAAUAAAUAAACCUGCUCCCUCAAAACGGCCCGACAUCUGUCCGAGGCUAGUCUGAUUUUUUUUCCUUUUAGUCCUUAAAUAUUUAUCAGUCUGGAGACAAAAAAGCUGUUGUGCUAUUUGAGUCUAAAGGUGGAUUAUUCUGUGACAAGUGGAGCACGUUUUGUUUUGUUUCCCCCCUUUUUUAAAAUAAAUUUCUUGUCUGUUGUCUCAGUAAAUAAGCUGGAUUUAGACAGAAAAAUCCAAAGCUCCUCCAGUGGGUUUUUUUUGUUCUUUUUGCGCGGGUCUGACUGCUCAGGUGGAUUAACUGCGUCCCUUCAUCAGAGCUCAUGUUUAAACUCCCUCCACUUUCCGGCGAAUUAAUCUGCUCACACACAUCAUUUAAACCGAGUCCCUCCCUUCUUGACAGUCGGGCCUAAACACGAGUAAAUUACCACUAAUUCAUACUGAUCUUACUCUGAUAUUUGCAAUAAAGGCGUAUGGAUUUGCCACUAAUUACAUGAAAGCCUAAUGGGCUUGAAAAUGAGUCUAGUUAGAAUAAUAUAAAGUUUGUUGUUGGGCUGACUGGGAAAUCAGGGACAUUAGAGGAGGUUCAGUCGGUCUCCGGUGUCCCAAAGAGGUCGACGGUACCAUGAAAGCGCAGUCACAGUAAAUGCACUUUGGUCUUGCAGAACCCAGCUCACACUGGAGGUGUGUUAAUGCAGCCAUGUGCUUCCUCCUCACAUUAAUAACUCCUGCCCUCGCUCAGGUGGCUCUCUGUGCAAACGGCUGCAGAACAGUAUGCACAAUUAAACAAAUAUUGUGGUGAUCCAAGAUUUUCUUUGAACGGGUCGAAGCUUUCGCGCAGAUAUUAAAUCAGGUUAUUUUAUUGGAUGUAAUUUGGAGGAGAAAUCAAAGCCAAUUACGGGAAUGAGGAGGAAUGAACUUGUGGAUGUGAGAGGAUGGAGGAGGUGGAGGAGGAGGUGCAGUGGAGGGGUGCUGAAGCUGACAUACCUCAGGCUUCAACUCUGAUUGGUCCUCGUUUGGAGAAGCUCAUGGGUUCAUUCCGUUGUUAAGCGCCUCCCCAUUUCUCUAAACUACAUUAUAAUGCAACGAACCUCCCUUUUAACCACAAACCGAAUUUGCUUUCAUUUAGGCUAUAUAUAUUUCUUAAAUAGGUUAAAGUCAUAGAGGGUUUUUUCCUUUUUUUUGGAAUAGCACUUCGCCCUGGAGCGGUGCGCAAUGCUAUCUCAUGCCGACCUCCUGGAUGCUCGCCUCGGGAUGAAGGAUGCCGCGGCGGAGCUCCUGGGCCACAGGGAGGCUCUGAAGUGCAGGCUCGGCGGAGGAGGACCUGACCCGGGACACUCCGGGGAGCUCGGCCCGGGCCCGGACGGAGUGGAAGGGGCCACGAUGCUCCCGGGCGAUGAUAUCAGCAGCGGCGGAGGAUCCAACCCGGUGCAGGUCAGCAGCAAAGAGCAGGAGAAGCAGCAGCAGCAUCAGCAGCAGCAGAACAACAACCCGAACCAGUCCGGAGGGCAGCAGGCCCAGAAACAGAAGCGGCACCGGACCCGCUUCACUCCGGCGCAGCUCAACGAGCUGGAGAGGAGCUUCGCCAAAACGCACUACCCGGACAUCUUCAUGCGGGAGGAGCUGGCGCUGAGGAUCGGCCUGACGGAGUCCAGAGUGCAGGUCUGGUUCCAGAACCGACGCGCCAAGUGGAAGAAGCGCAAGAAGACCACCAACGUGUUCCGGGCUCCGGGAACCCUCCUGCCGACGCACCACGGCCUGCCCCAGUUCCCGUCCGCCGCGGCGGCAGCGGCGGCCAUGGGCGACAGCCUCUGCUCCUUCCACGCCAACGACACCCGCUGGGCCACGGCAGGGAUGCCCGGGGUGUCUCAGCUGCAGCUACCGCCGGCUCUGGGCCGCCAGCAGGCCAUGGCGCAGUCCCUGUCCCAGUGCAGCCUCGGCGCAGGGCCGCCGCCCAACUCCAUGGGUUUAUCCAACAUGUCGUCAAACGGCUCCGGGCUCCAGUCACACCUCUACCAGCCCACUUUCCCCGGGAUGGUACCCGCGUCCCUGUCGGGCCCGACCAACGUGACCGGCUCGCCUCAGCUGUGUAGCUCCCCGGACAGUGACGUCUGGAGAGGGACAAGCAUCGCCUCGCUGCGCCGCAAAGCGCUCGAGCACACAGUUUCCAUGAGUUUCACCUAGUGACGAGGCCGGGGGGAAGAGCUUUUCUUUCACUCACGCAGAGAUCCUCUGUAUUUAGUUCUUACUCAUCCAAUCCAUCCAAACGGUGCACCGGGAAAAGUACAAACAGGAUAUUUGUUCGAAUGGCAGAGCUGCACACCUGGCGGCUUUUCCUCACGCGCGGGAGGGAAGGCUGAAGCUGUUUGUCAGGCCUGUUGGCCGAGCAUACGACUGAUCUCUUUUAAGCUCUAAUUUAUGAUUUCGCAUGUAGCCUAUGACGACUAUUUAUUUGUCUAUUUAAAUUAACUUAUCGGUUUGUUCUGUAUUUAUUGAUUUGGCACAUGCAGCCCUCAUCGCCGCAGGGCUCUGCAGUGACUUUUUGCUUGGUGACUGACGGUUUUCGAAGACAAAUUCUGUGGAUACUUUGAGACACGAAGCACAUUCCCUUUUUUUCCACCAAGGGCCAAAGGGAUGCACGGAGUCACACACCUGGAGGUUUACAAGAGCACGAAAGAUUCACCUGAAGAGACACGGAAGCUGAUUUGACUACAAUCAGGACAACAUGGAAGAGGACUUGACUGCAUGUGCUGUCCAGGGCAAAAGAAUAAAUAAAUAAAGAUAAUAAAAAAUAAGGGACAUACUAUAAAUUAAGACAUGGAAACUGACUUAACUAUAAUCUGUUAAAUAGGAUGUUUUGUGUAGCGGAAGCACUCUUGUUCCCAUUUGGUCAGUUUGUGAUAACUUCUGUUUCCAAAAUUCUGUCUGUGCUUAUUAUCAAAUAUGACUUUCUUAUUAAAUGUUUGAACCAUUUUGUUUCAUGGACAUGUUUAUAUCAAUUAAAUGUAAAUGAUCAAAUAAAACUCAUUUUCGAUU